AUGUCCGGUAAGAGAUCUGUUCCGGUGUUGUGCCUGUUGCUAUGGUGCGCGGUUUUGUUGCCGUUAAGUGAGGAGCGGUUUCUGGUGAAGAGGGAGCAGAGGAAGACCCUGUUUUCCACCGAGGAUGGAGAGAUCUCGGCCGUCCGUGUUGCCGCCGACAACAUCAACGGCUCCUAUCUGCUGCAUUUCUUCACCUUGGAGCCUAACUCGCUUUUCCUUCCAUCCCUUCUGCAUGCGGACAUGGUCUUUUAUGUCCACACCGGGAGUGGGAAGUUGAGCUGGACAGAGGAAGAUGAUCUCAAGAGCACAGAUAUAAGGAGAGGAGAUGCUUACAGAAUAGAACAAGGAUCCGUUUUCUUCAUACAAAGCAAUUUGGAAACCGACACCGAGCGCCAAAAGCUCAGGAUCCACGCCAUCUUUGCUAACUCGAAAGAUGACCUUCAUGAGCCAGCUGCAACCGGACCUUAUUCAAGCAUCCGGGACAUGGUUCUUGGCUUUGACAGGCAAGUUCUUCAAGCAGCUUUCCAGGUAUCAGAGGAUGUGAUCGAUGAAUUAGUGAAUGGAACAAAUGCACCAGCAAUAAUACACGGACUUCCGAGAACAACCAAGGGAGAAACAGCAGUUGAUAUUGAGGCUCGGGUCAUGACAAGCCUCCUAGCGACCAGAAGCUACAACAUAUUCGAAGUGAACAAGAAGAAGAAAAAGAAAUCGGGUGCCAAAUUGUUCAACAUUUUCAAAGAGGACAAAGAUUUCGAAAACUGCAACGGAUGGAGCACGACAGUGACCCGGAAGAAAUUGUCCGCACUCAAGGGCACCGACAUUGGUCUAUUCAUGGUCAACUUGACAAUAGGGUCGAUGAUGGGGCCCCACUGGAACCCAACGGCAACCGAAAUAGCAGUGGUCCUGCAAGGGCGAGGCAUGAUACGAGUCGUGUGCUCAAGCAUCUCAGAGAAGGAGAGGGCCCACUGCAGGAACACGAGGUUUGAGGUAGAGCAAGGGGAUGUGUUUGCAGUGCCAAGGUUCCAUCCAAUGGCCCAAAUCUCGUUCAACAACGAGACGCUGGUCUUGGCGGGCUUCAGUACCUCGGCGAAAAGGAACCAUCCACAGUUUCUGGCGGGGCAGGGCUCGGUGCUGCGGGCCCUGGACAAGGACGUGCUUGCAAUGUCGUUCAAUGUGAGCAACACGACUCUGGAUCAGCUUCUGAGCCCACAGAAGGAUUCGGUGAUCUUAGGUUGCGUGUCGUGCGCGGAGGAAGAGCUGAGGGUGAUGAAAGAGGAGGCGGAGAGAGAGAAGGAAGAGGAGAUGAAGAGGCGGGAGGAGGAGAGGAAGAGAGAGGAAGAGGAGGCUAGAGAGAGAGAGGAGGAGGCAGCAAAGAGGGAGGAGGAAGAGAGAGAGAGGCAGAGAGAGCAAGAGGAGGCGGCCAGAAGGGAGAAGGAAGAGAGAGAGAAAGAGGAGAGAGAGAAGCAAAGGGAAGAGGAAGAGGAGGCAGGUAGGAGAGAGGAAGAAGAGAGAGAGAGGCAGAGGGAGCAAGAGGAGGCGGCUAGAAGGGAGGAAGAAGAGAGAGAGAGGCAGAAGGAACAAGAGGAGGCAGCUAGAAGGGAGGAGGAAGAGAGAGAGAGGCAAAAGGAGCAAGAGGAGGCGGCUAGAAGGGAGGAGGAAGAGAGAGAGAGGCAGAGGGAGCAAGAGGAGGCGGCUAGAAGGGAGGAGGAAGAGAGAGAGAGACAGAGGGAGCAAGAGGAGGAGGAGGUAGCAAGGAGAGAGGAAGAAGAAAGAGAGAGGCAGAGGGAGCAAGAGGAGAGAGGUAGAAGAGAGGAAGAAGAGAGAGAAAGGCAAGAAGAAGAAGAGGCAGGGAGGAGUGAGGAGGAAGAGGCAGCGGAGGCAGAGAGGAGGAGGGAGGAGGCGGCAGCAAGGAGGGAGGAGGAGGAAGCUAGGCGGCAGGAGGAGAAAGAGGAGAGAGAAUGGGGUGGUGGUGGUGGUGGUGAGACUGAAUAUGUAGUUGAAAAUCUCAAGAGGAGGCUCACUGUUUAA